UUCAAAUUUAAAAAAUGAACAAUAUUUUUUUGGAACUUCUUUAACGAUAUUGAAUCAUUCUCGUCACUUCCUUUUGUUGUUCUUCAGUUUUGCAUGUUUAGUUCAGACUUCACCAACGCUGUAGGCGACCGACCUCGGCAGCAAAGACAAAAUCUUAUUAUCCAGGAUGAGGCCCUUGGAUGAGCAGGAAACAACUGCAGUUUUUGAGAAACUUUACAAAUUUGUAGGGAACAAUCUAAAGCAUAUCGUAGAAAGGCCUUCUAGUGAAGGUCCUGAUGGGAAAGCUGGACUAUACUGUUUCCGCCUGCAGAAAAAUCGUGUCUACUAUGUGAGCGAGGCCCUUGUUAAGAGAGCUACCAACAUUGCAAGAGAUAAUCUUGUGAGCCUUGGCACCUGCAUUGGAAAAUUUACAAAGGGUGGUAAAUUCCAGCUCACCAUUCAAUGCCUUGAUCUUCUUGCAGCCCAUGCCAAGUACAAAAUAUGGCUCAAGCCCACUGCAGAAAUGAAUUUUCUCUAUGGUAAUCAUGUUACGAAGAGUGGAUUGGGAAGGAUUACUGAGAAUACUGCUCAGAAUGAGGGUGUCGUUAUUUUUAACAUGUCUGAUAUUCCAUUGGGGUUUGGAGUAGCUGCCAAAUCUACACAGGAUUGUAGGAAGCUUGACCCCAAUGGAAUUGUAGCUUACCACCAGGCUGAUAUUGGUGAAUAUUUGCGCAUGGAAGAUGAGCUCUAAAAAUGAAAUGGACUGCUUCUUAUGUGCUUAAAAAUGAAAUGAAAUGGACUUACAAAAUUGGCUGCAUAAUCCUCAGGAGAUAGUCUUCGCCAGAAUCCUUUUCCCAGGAACAACUGAAACCAAUUGCAGGUUUUUCUAUUGUUUCUUUGAGAUGAUUUUAACCUGGCCAAUUGGUUUAAGUAGUACAAUGUUGUAACAAUAGAAGCAGAUAUCUUCAAAAUAUUGUGAUAUAUUCUGAUAUAGCUAUUCUCUGCAGGUUUCCCAACAUUUUCUUGAAAAUAUCUAUAUUUUUUCAAAAUAUCAUUGUUUGUGACUUUGACCAAGAUUUCCAGCUGCCAUUAUUGAUUAGCAGUUAGGUCUGUUGUCAAGGGACAAUGACAAUUAUUGCCAUCAUUAUUUAAAAAAUGAACAUAAUUAUAUUCAGUUGUGAAGAGUCAAGACACUUGUGAUAAUUUGGUUUGAAAAUCUUGUGAACAAGGAAGGUGAUUGUUGUUAUUGUGAUUAAUGAUUAUUACUUUCACCUUGGAUAACAACAAACAUUGCUGUAAUUAUUUGUGAUUUGCGAGUCUAGUCAUUACUAGACAAAAGAGUAAAGGGAUUAUGCUAUUCUUUGACU